AAUCAGACACUCGUUGAAACAGUCGCUAAUGUGCGUUCGCGCGCCAAUGGAUUACCAGACACCAACUUACCUAAAUAGUAACAGUGAUAAUAAUUUUAUAAGUACCAUAAAUAAUAUUAAGUGAUAUCGGUUAGUUUAUAACCCCCACAGUCCACAUUUUAGAAUACGUUUUUCAUUUUUUAAAUUGAAUAAAUACAUAAUGACCACUAAUAUGAACCGAUGGAAAGGCAAAGUGGCGUUAGUUACUGGCGCCAACGGAGGUAUAGGCAUGGCAAUCACUAAAAGACUGUUGGAUUUGAACCUUGCAGUCGUGGCCAUUGAUAAACAGACUGAACUCUUGUUGGAACUGAAAAAUGAAAAAAAAACGACAAAUCUCUACCCGUUAAACGUGGAUCUAUGUCAUGAGGAAGAGAUCAUACGAACGUUUCAAUGGGUCGAAGAAACGUUCGGUGGCGUCGACAUACUCAUAAACAACGCUGGUGUCGGCGGACGGUCUACACUCAUAGAUGGUACUGUAUCGGAAUGGAAAAGAAUAUUGGAUGUUAAUGUAAUAGCGUUAAGUGUUUGUUCACGUGAGGCAGUUAGAUCCAUGAAUAGUCGCAACUUAGAAGACGCUCACAUUAUUCAUUUGAGCAGUAAUCUGGCGCAUUAUGUUCCUUCAUAUGGCCCGUUCCACUUCUAUUCUGCGACUAAACACGCUGUACGAGCACUCACGGAAGGGUUGAGGCAAGAAUUAAGAGCAUUGAAAAGUCCAAUCAAGGUCACGUGUCUUAGUCCGGGUCUAGUGAAAUCAUCAAUUUUCAAAAAUUCAUUAGGAGAAAGCUUUGAUAAACAUUUAUAUGAAGCGUACCCCAGUAUUUCUCCAGCAGAUGUAGCAUCUACCAUUGAAUUUAUAUUAGCCACUCCUCCACACGUUCAAGUGCAAGAUAUUAUCAUCAAACCUAUAGGUUCAGAGGCGUGAUUUAAAUGAUCUUCAAAUCACAAGCACUAUAUUAUGUCAUAAGAUUUAUCUCAAAAUAAAAUAAAAAUGUAUUAGUAAAUAAUAUUUUUCAUUAAAAUACAAAGUCUAUGGUUUCUAAAUAUAAAUAUGUAUAAAUAAUAUAUACAUACUAUACAUAUACAUAUAAGAAAAAGAAAAAAACAAUAAUAAAAUAAUGAUUCUUAAUAUUACAAUAUUUUACUUGAUAUUUACAAAAAAAAAAAAAAAAAUAAAAAUAUUAAAUCAAUAUUAGUUAGGUGAAAACAAAAUAAACAUUGAUGUUCAUAUGAUAAUUUAAAUAUGUAAAUAAAGUAAAUCACAGUUACUAAACUCGUUCGUGCUAUUUAGUUAAGUUAUUUUGUAAGUGAUAUCCUUAGAUGUUAAUGUUAUUUGUAAAAAUGUUUAUUUUGGGUUUUAUACAACAACCAAGAGUUCAAUCACAUGUAUUCAUUGAUUUUAUUACCAGCUGAUAUAAGUUAAGCAUACAUAAAAUAAAUAUAUGUAUACAGAAAAUCUAAACAUUAAUAAAGUUCGUUUUUCCUCUC